AUGGAAUUGUAUUCCAUAGAGUUAGCAGCUCUAUCAGCGAUGAAUGAUACACAAAGGUAUGCUUUAUAUGGAACUGAAUUUGCAGUGUUUGUCGUCUACUGUUUGUUUACGACAGUAUCCAGCAAAGGACAAGAUGGAUGGAAGAGCACUAUAGAUGUUACAGAGUGCAUUUUAGCUAGUGCUAGCAAACAUAAUGAUAAACCACCGCAACAUGUCCUUCAUCUUCUCUUUUCGCACGGUGAAGGAAGCUGCACUCAGGUCUUGGCUGUUGUUGAUCAAUGUGCUCUCCGUGCUAGGCAAUGGCAGGAAUGCAAAACGUGCAAUUGCUUGCUUAAACUAUUGGUUAAAUCGUUAGAUAAAAAGCAAGAAUGUCAAAUUAUAAAUCAAAUGUCAUUUUCCACUUUAAUGCGUUAUUUUAAUAUCGCUUAUGCAAGCGCAGAUACAAGUGAAUGGAAGGAAUUUUAUCGUUGCUUGACAUCGAAAAAGUUAUAUUGCCUGUUCAUGCAAUUGAGCUCAAGCCAUGAAUGCCAAUUCUGCGCUGACUUUAGAAAUCAAUUUCCUAAUGGUUUAGUUGAGCAAGCUUUAAUUAACAUUAUGUAUCAAUAUCCUAGCGUUGUUAAUAUUACGAGUGAUCCAUGGUGGUUACUAUUAACCAACGAGGAAUCAAGCAAUACUGGUGUUUCAGAAUUUACUUUUCCUGAUGAAGAUGGAACUUUGCUAUUGUUUCUUCUUGACAGCUGUAAAGAAGAACAUAUACGUUUAGAGGUUAUAAAAAUUAUUCUAGCGACAUCCAAUCGCCAGAUUCGAGAGGUGCAACCUAGUAUGUGUGACAAGAACCAAAAAUUGUGGAUAAUAUUAAGAUACAUAUUAAAUGAUCAAAACUCUUCAUUGUGGUACCAUUUCUGCGAAAGUUUUACUAAAGUUUGUGAGCAAUAUGACGAGGUAAACGGUAAUUGGAAAUGUAAUGGUUAUUUCCAAAUGGUCGAUAUUUAUUUACAUGAAAUACAGUUAAGCAAGCAGGACUGCUCGCUAAAUAACUUAAAUGUAAAGAACAUAAUGAGAUUGAAACGAAAAUUACUGUCAGAGCUAUAUAAAAGCUAUUUUAAUAACAAAGUAAUCAAUUACAACAGUGACGUUACCUCUCUCUUAUUGGAAUUACUUGAACAUAAUAAAGAUACUUAUUUAUCAAUUAAUUUCAUUCAAUUUUGGGAAACUUUGGCUACCAAUGACCAUAAUUAUAGAUUAAUUUUACAAACUAUCAUACCGAAGCUGUUGUCCGAAGAAUUACGAAAUGUUGGCAGCAAUUAUCAGCCACCUAAAAAAGCAAUAAGUCUUAAAAUGUCAAGAAAACGAAAUUCUAAUGCAGCAAGUGCUAACGAGAGUGGAUGCACUAAAGAUCAAUAUUGUACUAGCAUUGUUCAGGCGAUCAUGAAUCACGACAAGCUAUGGUCCAUAAUUUAUCGAGAUGCGUUAAAGAAAGGAAAUUAUGAGAUGUUGACUGAUAUUGCAACGUCAAAAUCAGAAGUUAUUUUACUUGUCACGGCAAUGGCUAGAUUAUCUCUGGCUCAAUAUCAUCAGUACCUCGAUAUUCAGAGUAGAACAUGUUAUUACUGGAAGUUUAAAAGCCAACAGAAUAUUGUAACAUUUAUUGACGAUAAUCUAAUCUUAUGCCGUCGCUUUUUAAGAUAUGUCUCGGAAAGUUCAGAAUUUUAUUCUUCCUUCGCUUUGGUCUGUUUACUAUUAAUUAACGAGAAAGCAAAUUUAUUCUUUCAUUACCUAGAUAAUGAAUUAAUACGGAGUAACUACAGUAAGAUGGAAAUAACUUCUUCAAAUUUACUAUUACUUCAUGCUUGGCUAAUUCAAUCUCGUAGUCAAAUUAUUCGCAUAGAUUCUACUGGACAUCAUUUACAUUUUAUUAAAUGUGGUUCUGCUCAUUGUAGGAAGGAUAUCGUCGAAAAUUUAUGUAAUUUGUUGUUACGUUGUGUUAAUACUUUUUCAUUAUGUAGUUAUAUUGGCUUGAUAGCUACUUUAGACAGCCAACACAACGAUUUGAUGUCUUAUAUAAUCAUAAAUGUUGAACCGUUAACAGAUGAUUCCACUGGCUUAGACAACUCAUUCAUAAACUAUUUUCCUAGUUUGAGUUGUGAUCAGUCAAAUAUAAAAUACAUCGAUCGAUUGAGAUGUACAGAAGAAGACAAAGUCAAGUCAGAACCUUAUUCUUUUGCUAUCGUAAGGUCAUGUUAUUUGGCCUUAAAUAACCUUACCCAAGAAAUAAUGCAAAGAGAUCAUCUCACGGAAUCUGCUGACUCUAACCGACUAGCUUCAGAUUCCUUUCAAAUCGUAGAUCAAUGUCUUAUCGUAAGCUGGAAAAUUACUGCCAAAUUUUGUGCAAAGUUUACUACUUGCGUUGAAAUGGAACAAAAUCAGAUUCCUGAGAAAAUCGCUACUAAUCUUAAAAUGUUAAUUCUAUCAAUCCUUCUCGAAUUUUUAACUCUGGAUGGUCUGUCGUGUAAAAAGUUUAAAAAAUUAUGUAAAAAUGUCAUUAUUCAGGAGAGUAGCUCCUUGCAGGACUCAAGUCAUGAAAUAAGCUCAAUAUCAAAGUCUUUAUUGGUUAUUGCAAAUUUUGUAACAAAGCGGUUUUUCAAAGAUAGGCCAGGUGGAGGAUUUUACUAUUGA